UUCCCAGCGCCACGUCGUGAGGAAGUGUAGGCGGUCUGCAGCGGUUGAAAUAACGCCAGGCAGAGCCACCCAAGUGCUAGAGCCGAGAGGACAGGCGGUGACAGAGCGGGGAAGAAGCUGCGAGCGAAAUAAUAGCAAAACUAAGAAUAACUAGGAGACCAAUAAGGUUAUCUGGCUGGUAUCUUGUUCUGGGUGUGAAUUUCUGAAGGGGAAAGAAUUAUGUCAUGGAUCAAGGAAGGAGAGCUAUCACUUUGGGAACGAUUCUGUGCCAACAUCCUAAAGGCAGGCCCAAUGCCCAAACACAUUGCAUUCAUAAUGGAUGGGAACCGUCGCUAUGCCAAAAAGUGCCAGGUGGAGCGGCAAGAGGGCCACUCACAGGGCUUCAACAAGCUGGCUGAGACUCUGCGUUGGUGUUUGAACCUGGGCAUCCUAGAGGUGACAGUCUACGCGUUCAGCAUUGAGAACUUCAAACGUUCCAAGAAUGAGGUUGACGGGAUACUGGAUCUGGCUCGAGAGAAAUUUAGCUACUUGAUGAAGGAACAAGAGAAACUGCAGAAAUAUGGGGUAUGCAUCCGGGUCCUGGGAGAUCUGCACUUACUGCCCUUGGACCUCCAGGAAUUGAUUGCGCAAGCUGUACGAGCCACUAAGAACUACAAUAAGUGUUUCCUGAAUGUGUGCUUUGCGUACACAUCCCGUCAUGAGAUCACCAAUGCUGUGAGAGAGAUGGCCUGGGGAGUGGAGCAAGGCCUGUUGGAUCCAAGUGAUAUCUCAGAGUGUCUGCUAGAUAAGUGUCUGUACACCCACCACUCUCCUCAUCCUGACAUCCUGAUACGGACUUCUGGAGAAGUACGGCUGAGCGACUUCUUGCUCUGGCAGACCUCUCAUUCCUGCCUAGUGUUCCAGCCUAUUCUAUGGCCAGAAUACACAUUUUGGAACCUCUGUGAGGCCGUCCUGCAGUACCAGAUGAACCACAGCGUGCUUCAGCAGAAGGCCAGAGACAUGUAUGCAGAGGAACGGAAGAGGCACCAGCUGGAGAGGGACCAGGCUGCAGUGACAGAACAGCUGCUGCAAGAGGGGCUCCAGGCCAGUGGGGACGCCCAACUCCGACGGACACGCUUGCACAAACUCUCAGCCAGACGGGAAGAGCGAGUCCAAGGCUUCCUGCAGGCCCUGGAACUCAAGCGGGCUGACUGGCUAGCACGUCUGGGCACUGCAUCAGCCUGAGUGAGGCUGGCCACCUGCCACUUUGCCCUGCCCUCUGCCUCUAGGGACCUACUCCCCUUUCUUUUGUUGAUGAAAGACAUGUCCCUCUAAAUGAUGAAUUAGGCUCUCUUUGCUUGGCAGGGGAGUCCCGAAGGUCAGCUCUGCUGGCCUUAAAUACCUUUGGGCUAACUGUGGCCCUUGGGCAGGAUUGAGGGUGAGAAUUCCCACAAGCACACAAAAUCCAACUCUGCUCACCAAUUUUUUUUUUUGGGGGGGGCACAAAA